AAAAAAGACGUGUAAAAACAGUUUCUUGAUUUAUAGAAAGAUAAAAUGUUACCUUUAUCGAAUUUGGAAAAAGUUCGUGCCAGCCCUGCCAACGAAAGACGUCAAUCAGAUUCUGCAUUUAAUACUACUCUAAGGUUAGAAACAGAUCUAGAAGUCCAUGAAUAUAAAGAUCUUAUUAAACCAAAACCAAACCCAAGGCCACGCACAGCAUCUGUCGAUCAGAAAUGGCAUAUGGUUAAAAUGGUUAAAUCAGAUGUUCAGCUUGCCAAUGCUACCUGGCGGCGUGUGACAGUUAAAUUCAUCAAUGACAUGAUACCACCAGACAACUUACUAUACCCGGGUCACUUAGCAAAGGAAAAGAUUGAAAAUAAAUUAUCUAUUGAAGUCCUAAAAGAACUUGGGAAAAGUUUUCGACUGUCAAAGAAAAAAUCCUAUCUGGAAAUAAAUGCGGAAGACUUUAAAAGAGUCCUAAAACAAUUGCUUGGAAAUGUCGUAAAGGAAGCAGAGAUUAAUGCUUUAUUCAUGAAGGUUGACUUCAAUGCUGUGGGUUCCAUUACACUGAAUCAAUUUUGUACAUAUGUGCAUCUCAUUUACCAAGACUUUUUCCCCAAAACUAUUACCUUUUUGUUACCAGCUAGAGGAGAACCUUUGCCCCACCGAGAACCAAUCUGUCGUUUAUGUGAAAAUCAUAAUGGUACCCUUAUUACAUGCAGUGAGCAUGGAAUUGUUUCCUUUUGGAGUUCUAUGUCAACACUUAGAAAGAAAAAACGCAUCGUUAGUCCUAAUCCUGAAAGACGCACACCAAAAUGGAUUACUGACUUUUUAAUUAUGUCUAAGUAUAAUAAAUUAAUGGUUGGAACUGGUAAUCGGGAAAUUCAGUUUUUUGAAAUAUCUUCCUUCCAUCCUUAUUGCCAAAUCAGUAACUUUGAGAGUAUUCCACUGAGACUUGACUACGCAGCUAUGCCAGAUGACCAAUGUGUGAUAAUCUUUGGUGACAUGGAUGGGCAGAUUAAUAUUUUAUCAAUAAAGUCAGUUGGUGAAUGCCUAAGGUUAUGGAAGAAAAAACCUAAGCACGAAAAUUUCAUUGCAAGCGUUUCUCUGCGGAGUAUCAUAUCCAACCCUAAUAUAAGAUUUGUUUGUUGGACUGUACAUGAAGACUGGGUACAGCAGGUUAAAUACUGUCCACAAAUUAAACAAGUUAUAUCAUGUUCUAAUGAUGCUAAUUCAGCAUUAGUUAUAGGUUGCACUAUCAGCAGUGUUGAUGUUGAGCAGCAAAUGAAGUUUGUCAAAGAAAAUAGUUUUUCUAAAAACAGCUUAAUUGGAGAAUUAGAGCCACCGAGAACAAGAUCUGAACAUGAUCAGACAACUUUUAAAGUGCACAAAGGAGUGAAAUGUUUUGAUUUCAACAAGAAAAAGAACAUACUUGUAACUGGAGGCAUGGAUCGUCUAAUCCGAAUUUGGAACCCUUAUGUACCUGGAAAACCAACUGAUAUACUUCAUGGACAUUCCGCUCCGAUUUUCUAUGUCUACUACAGUGAGGAAGACAAUUGGAUAUUCAGUGUAUCAUCUGAUAAAUGUAUUAAGGUGUGGAAUGCUACAGAUUAUAGCUGUAUUAAUACUGUUCGACCAAAGUCACACCUUAUCCACGGAGAUCUAAGCACAGUCUACUACUCUAAUCUUUCAAAGACUUUGGCUUUCACAACAAAUGUUCUUGCUACUUUAAGCAUAAAGAUCAAAUCAAAGCCGUGCCUUUUGUCACUAUUUGAUAUUGCUACAUCCCAUUCAGAUCCUGUAACCAGUAUCAAGUACAAUAAAAUUUUCAAGCAUAUUGUUACUUCUUCAGAAGGAUCUGAGGUAAAAGUUUGGGAUGUUGUAAGUGGCAGUUUUAUUUCUCAGUUUGGUCAUGCGCAUGGAGAAAAAGCUAUCACUUGCAUGAAUUUUGAUGAAAGUUUAAGAAGAUUGAUAACUGGUGGCCAAGAUGGAAAUGUUAAAAUAUGGAACUACAAUAGUGGGCUUUGUUUAAAAGAACUUACCAAGAAGAAAAAGGAAGAACUUAUUGAUGAAUGUGACCCAGCUGAAAUUUGUGACCUGAUUUAUAUAGAAAUGAAUCGUCGAAGCAAAUAUGUUGUCGCAGUUGGUUGGGACCAAAGAAUAAAUAUAUAUGAAGAUAACUUUGAUUCUACUGUCCACUUUGUGCAUCAUCCAUCAAAGAAUUGGGAAGAAGACCUUAAAAAUGGCCAUACUGAAGAGAUUCUCUGCAUUGCUCAGUCUGCUUCCCAUAUGUUAGCCACAGCAAGUUAUGAUGGGGAAAUCAUCGUCUGGAAGCUUAUGUCUGGUCACAUAUUUUGUCACCUCAGAGCUCCAAUGCCGUUUGAAUAUCAAAAUGUUUCAAUUGAUGGUGACCUGAGUAUAAAAAAACUUUUGUUUAUUGACUACAAACCAUCCAAUCCAUGUAAAGCACAACUGAUCUCUAAUGGACCCUAUUCUUGUAUACAUUUUUGGAACAUUUUCAAUGAUGGCCAGCUUCUGGCACAGUUCUCUGCUUGUCAGAAAAAGGGAGCUAUGGUCACCAGUAUGGCAUUGAAUUCUUCAAAUACAGUGUUAUUUUCCACUGAUACAUUUGGUUUUAUCUAUGCCUGGGAUAUUGAUGGAUAUUGUGGAGUAAAGGCAGAAGAAUAUCCACCACCAUGUUUGUAUUUGAAACAUCUUAUUAAUAAAAACAAAUUUAUAGGUGUUUUUGGUCAAAACAAUCUGUGGAAUAUUCACAAGCCAGAAACCUUUGAACAUCCUUUAAUUCCAUUUGAUGUUUUAACGGAUGCCUUAAGUCUACCAGAGUAUAUAAGUCUAAUACCAAAAGAACCUGAUGAAUCAGAAGCAACUAAUAAUGUUGAAACUAAUUAUCAAAUUCUUUCUUCAACUUCAUCCAAAGAAGCAGAUGUUUCUUUACAUGAUGAACUAAAGGCUGAAUUAAUCCAGGGAUUAAAAGCAAUGAGAAUCGACUCAAGAAAAGUGCAUGCAUCGGAUACAGUAAACGGAAUAUAUAAAAUUCUACAUUAUCAUGAACUGAACAAGAUUCCUGAUUUGGAAAUACCUUCUUGUCUGAUGAGAAGGAAAGAUGACAUCUUUGGCACUGACUUUGAAUAUAUGAAAGACUGAUUUAAAAAAAACAAAAGAAAAUCUUUCACGAUAUUUGUUUUGUGUAUAAAUGAAAAUAACUUUUAUAACUGUUUAUAUUUCGUUAAAAGAAAAUAUGCAAUCAAUUAUAACCAAAGAAGAGGUGGCCUGCACCUCUGUCCUUUA